AUGGUACUACAGGAGUCGUCAUCACCCGAUCGAGUAUUCGACACAAAAAACAUCAGUACUGAACGUUUAGCCAAACUUCAUGCCGCACUGUUGGCAUUCACUGUACCAGAUGAGAAAUCACUGAAAAGACCACCAAAAGGAUUCUCACGAUGCCCGAUGAAAGAAAUUGACGAAUAUUUUGAGAUGGUUGCCAAAUUGGGUAAACCGUUGUUCAAGUGGGAUAUUAUUCGUGCAGCAUUCUUAUGGAAACUUGAUUUAACAAUGUCCGAGAUGUUAUGUGUGGAAGCAGAAAGUCUUGCUGAAGGAACGAAAGAUACAAUGAUAACAGAUGAGGAGUUACGUACACAACGAGAUUUUAUCAUGCGAAAAGCAGAGCAGUUUGAUGGGACACCGUUCACAAUUCAGCGAUUAUGUGAACUGCUCACAACACCGUCACGACACUACAAAAGAACCGAUAAGUAUUUGAGAGCUUUGGAAAAGAAUAUAAAUGUUGUUACGACGAUUACUGAAAAUGGAGAGCGAGUUACUGGAGUGGAACAGUUUUCGAUAGUGGACGAUGAACGACCGCAACGAAUCGAACAGAAUUUCUUCUUGAAGGUCGAUGAAUGCGAUACACCAAUAGAAACGAAGAUUUUGGAAGCAAAAGUGAAAAUGGAAAACGGUGGUUCGGAUGAAAUCAACGAAGAGAAUCAAAUGGCCAUUGACGAUGACGCAAUACCAAUAAAUCUAUCAGCUAGUCGUAAAGAUUGCUUGAAAUGCUCAAAUGAAGACUCAGCUAUUAAAAAGGAAACUGAAGUGCAAGCAGAUGUGAAGAGCACUGAGAAUAAAGCAUUGGAGAAUGAUGAUGGCGAUAAGCUGAUGGAAUCGGAGAAAGAUGAAGUCAGUCGGGGAGAGGAGAAUGAAGUGAAACCAGAGCAGACGAGAGUUGAAGGAAACGAGAAGGAAGCAACUGAGCGAUGCUCGUAUCACGAUUCUAAUAACGAACCACAAAAUGCACAAGAUAGCAGCAAAAGUAACACUGCUCAUUUGUGUGCAUCUGAUAACAAAACGAAAUAG